AUGAGCAAAGAGAAAUCAUAUGACUGCGAAAACUGUCCUGAACAACCCGGAUUUUGUGUUGAAUGCUUUGAAAUUGCUUAUAUAAAUCUUAUAGCUACAGAUAACGAUAAUAAUAAGCCUGGUACAUCAUUAUUACGGGUUGAUCUUUCACCAGAACGGAAAGCUCCAGAAAGCACCAGAACGGAAAUGGAAACUCCAAAUUUUGGACUUCCCACUCCACUUGCGGACUUUCAAGCAGUAAAUACUCCAGUAGCAAGCAUUCAAGUACCAGACGUUGAAGUUGCAGCCACUCUAGCAGCAAACUUACAAGGAUCAAAACCUGAAGUACCAGAUACUCAACUAGCAGACACCCAACCAGCAAACACUCAUCCAGCAGAUACCAAAAUUACCAGUCCUAAAAAAAGAGAAAAAAAGCGAGUAGCAGUAACAGAAAACUGGUUGAGUAACAAAGCCAAGAAAUUACGAAACUCUGAUCAAGCAUAUACCUCAAGAUUUACAUUGCCAGGAUUAUCAGACCUGCUUGUGGAGAUAAAUGCCGGCUAA